AAUAAUUGAAAUCGGAAUGCGAUGUGGUAUGAAGAAAUUUAUGUCCAAUUGUCAUGAAGAAGAAUCAGCACUUUGCGUCGAUAACAAAAGUUUUCAAAACUUACUUCCAGAUGAUAUAUUGACCGAGCGGCCAUCUUGGAAAACUGCGUGGACUACGUUAUUCGUUGGGUCCUUGCAAUUUCUGGCGAAAUGUAGAAUUUACGAGAAUAAGCUACAUCAUCGACGUUGUUAGAACAUUAGUUUGGACCAGGUCUUAUUGUUUUAGGAUUGGAUAAGUUGGAAUAUGUUCCAAGAACCACUAAAUCAGUCGUAUAAGAUGGUAACCACAAAGAGGAUAUGACGGCCCAUUAUUCCAAGAUGUGGACGAAAAUUCUCUUACUUCUCUUACUCUACAUCAUCAAUUAUGGUACAGCACAGAACACCACGACAGAAGAGACACCAGGCGGGACGAUCACGGGCGACGUCGUCACACCUAUCGUGGAGAGUACGACGUCGGGAAACGAAGGUCCGAGCAGGGCGGAAAUCAGGUGGCUCACGAUCGUGGACGAACUCAUGGCUCAGAAGUCGCAGAGUUUCAAUGAUACGUUCUUUCGAACUAUAGAAACGUAUCCAUUUGAGACUUCAUGGGUCAUUGAGGAUACUUACUUCAACAGUGACUACAUGUUGAACACGACCACGCGGCCAGACCUGACAACGUUAUCAUCCGACGAGCUCCUGCAGAUCCUCUCCGUGGUCAUCGACGUACUCGACGACAGUAGCGUGAACAUAACGACCAGGGAGGUAUUGGUGACCACGGCCUUCAUGCAAGACCUCACGGCCACCAUUCUCCUCGAGAUGUCGGAGAACGAACUCACCGCUGAUUUCGGAGAGUUCGAAAGUGUCAUGUCGUAUAUCAUUGAAAUAUGUGAUAUCCUACUGGACGAGGAAUACGUGGAUCUGUGGUUGGACAUUCAGAGAGCCUAUCCUGUCUAUGCUGCGGUGAUUGAGACCGUCGACGUUGCAUCGCUAGCCAUCGCCAACCUGAUCGAGUCCCCGGGAACGCUGAAGUCAGACGUAAAGAACAUCAACUUCUUUCUCGUCAAGGAUUCAUGGUACAACCUUACCCAGACGUACCAGGACUAUGUUUUCCAGGUCAGAGACAACGAGGGUAUCCUCAUCCCAGAACUCUACCUUGAACAGGCAGAAUUUGACUAUUAUGAUGAAGUAGCUUUGGUAAGCGUGCAGUAUAAGGGCGUAAGCGACUUUAUGGGGAAGAACAAGACCCGUGUUUCAGUAUCAACAUCAAUAAGAGAACAAAGCUCCUAUAAUCCAAGGAUAUUAAACAAUGAUGUGAUCUCUAUGACAGCCAUCCGUGUACCAGACUUCAGUAGUACCAGUAUACCAGUCAUAUAUAGGAUGGCAAAUCUAGAAAAGAAACUCGAGCAUUGGGACGUUGUAUGUGCCUUCUGGAAUUUCGAUAAAUUCUCUGAUGAAGGUGGUAUCUGGGAUGAUACCGGAUGUGAAGUGAUUGAAGUAUCCUCCUCUGCCUGGUCAACGCAAUGUUUCUGUAAUCACACCACCAACUUUGGCUUGAUUCUUCUUGAACACGACCCUGAGUACGUUGAUUGGCAUUUCAUCAUACAAACUUGGCUAUGGUCCAUCGCAGCAGGAGUCUCGGUCUUGCCAUUAUUUCCAUUCUUUGGAUUCCUCAUCUACCUAACGACAAUUAAUUCUAAGCGUAGGUCGGCACAAAUCAACUUUGUUUUUAGUUUGAUCAUGAUGUUAAUCGUGCUAGCUACAAAUGAGGUUGCUAAAUGGCAAAAGAGCGAUUAUGCAUGUAUGGGGUUCGGUAUAGCCAUGCAUCUAUUCACUACGUCCACGUUUGCAUGGCUGUUUGUCAUCAGCAUUCUUCUAUUCACACGGGUCACAGAGUUCACAAGUAAAGAGGCGCCGCAUUGGCUGGCCUUUCUGAUUGGAUGGGGUACUCCUAUCCUAACUGUUGGUGUGACCGGUAGCUUGCUCUACACAGAAUACGGAAUAGGGCCAAGAUGCUGGUUUAAUAAUAACAGUAAGAUUAAGAUGGCAUUCAUGGUACCCACUUUAGUUUACAGUGUGCUAACUAUAUUACUUCUCUUGGCAUCAAUACGAGCUAUUGUGCAGGCAGGGAAAAUCACUCUCUUUGAGAGAGAGAAAGAAGAACUACUGAAAUUAAGAGCAACAUGUCUGUGCUUCCUCGCACUGUCUCCUGAACUUAGUAUCUUUUAUUUCUGCGGCCAUUUUUCUUUCCUCAAUCCGAUGAUUGGGUAUGUCUUCGGUGGACUCAUGCCCUUCCAGGGUCUCCUUGUGGUUCUUCUUGAGAAGCAUUUUAAUAAAGAGCUUGAAGAGGCAUAUAAGAUAAAGAAGAAUCCUCCAGAAGAACUUAAGGAUGAAUAUGAUAUUUGGGCCGCGGAAUUGGAUGAUGCCGUCAGAGGCGACCCUUCAUUGGCACAAGAGGAAGAAUAUUUCAGUAGUGGCAGGAAGUCCAAAGCGUCGGUACUCUCAAUGCGAGGAAUCAAGCUAGCGAGGGCUGUCCGGAACGCUAAGCCGCAAAUGGUUGGUGGAACGGCUACGAAGUCUACAGGCAACAAAAAGAAGAAAAAGAAGAAGAAGAAGGCAAACGAAACCCCGACCGAAGUUCUGAAAGAGACCGCGGUCCGAGAGCAAGCCGAUGGCGAGAGCCGAGGUCGUAACUCCACCGAACCUCCGCCGCCGUCGAUGCCGCCGAGCAAACCCAAGAUUGGAUUCAUGAAGACAGAUUACUCCGAGCUCGAUGAACAGUCCCCGUACAGGACGAAACAGACCGCAAGCGAGAUCGCUGCAACACUGCCAAGGAGCGCGACCUCAAGAACACCCGCUGGUCGAACCACGCCCGGAAGACGAACACCGAGCGGAAAGAAAUCCCCUCGGAAGACCCCGACCCCGAGAAAGAGUCCGAUACCGCGAAGUCCGUCCUUACCCGGCGCACCCGACGAUCCCGAGGAAGACUUCGGUGCCUUGCUGGCGCCACCACCGAGAAAGAAGGGCGAUGGGUCGAGCCCGAUUGAAGAUCGGAAGUCACCCGAAGGUGCGGUGGUCAAUGAUGCUUACGAGUACGAUGACGAAUACUAUGAUGAGAACGGGGAAUACUACGAUGAUGAGUACUACGAUGACAACGGCGAGUAUGAUGAGAAUGGAGAAUAUUAUGACGACGAGUAUUAUGAAGAUGGGGAAUAUGACGAUUACGGGGAAUAUGAGGAAGAAUACUAAAAUUCUGAUGUUUUCAUCGCCGUGGAUUAUGUUAAUGUUUUCUUAGAAUAAUGAGAAAACCAUGUCAUGAUUUACCCCAAGAGUAGUCACAGAUAUUUUCUAAUUUCUUCCUGAGAUAUUAGACUCCAAACUCUGAAUAACGCGAAUAUAACUUUGCUAUUUGAGAAAGAAUAACUGAUAUUUCUUUCAGCGAAUUCAACUUGAAAGUCACCUCUGCCCUGAAUCAUCUUACCCAGUCGGUUGGAAAUGUGUUUCAAUGUGCAGACAGGCUUACUCUGUGCUCAUAUCUCAUACUACAUGAAUAAAGGAAGUAGGGAUUUAUCGAAAAGAGAUCCUAAAUAAUCUUUGAAUGUUCAUUUCGUCCAAUAGUCGCAUGACCCAAUGAACGGGGAUGGUAUCAUGAUAAUUUUAAAGCCCUCCACACACUCUACGAUCCGAUUUUGGAAUAAAUAGCAUUUUGCUUAUUUUCUGACAUUGUAAAUGGAAAUUUACUUUUGAGGUAUAAAUAACAUACAUACAUGAAUAGAAUAAUAUUUGAUGAUUGCAAUUUGGAACAAAGGCCAGUUUGGUAUCAAAUCGUAACCAUUCGUGCGAUUGCAAUGACGUCAUUACGACUAGAUAUCUAAUUGGCGUUUAAUCUAAUAAGGAUGGUAGCUUAGUCACAUAUUUGGACAUAGGAAUUCGCACGUUGAUUCAGAACUUUAAAUAGUAAGAUGUUCCAUGUCCCAUUAUUAGUAGCAAAUUUUAUUACGCUCUAUUCCACCAUCGGAUCGCAGACCAAUCGUAAUGUGUGCGGUAGCAUCUAAGAUGCAAACUGCUUGCGUACAAUGUAAUUUUUAAUCAUUUAUAUUAUAGAUUAUCUUUUACAAAUCGAGAGUUCAUGUGAGAAUGCCAAAGUCAUAUAAGUGUAAAUAUAGAAUUUAAGAUUGACUAAAAAUUGCCUUAAAAUUUCGUUCUUUUUUAAUGAGAGAGGUGGGACGUUGAAUCCGAUGUAUAGUUAAUGGAUGCCGUUGAUGUAAUUCAUGCUUGGUAGUUUCUAUGUAAUAACAAAAUAUUUGCAGUGUGAGUGGUAUGAUGAUGACGAUGAUGGUGAUGAUGAUGAUGAUGAUGAUGAUGAUGAUGAUGAUGAAGAAGAAGAAUAUGGUGAUUGUGGUGGUGAUGAUAACGGCUAUGAUCUUGAAGAUGAUGGUGGUGAUGAUGAUGAAUUUAACGAUAUUAAUUGCGAUGGGGAUGAUGAAUAUUGUGGUGUUGGGGAUAAUGAUAAUAAUAAUGAUGAUUCCAAUGAUGAAAAUUAUGAUGAUGGUCUUAAUAAUGAUUGCAAUUAUGGUACUGUUAAAGAUAGCGAUUAUUUACUAUUGUGCCAUAAAUGACGGCACACAAAUCAUUCAAAUCAUCACCAUCAUUAAUUCAAAAUUCAUUUCAAAUUACAUCGGAAAAAAAUAAUACCAAAUCAUACAUGUAAAAUUACGUACCGUUAUAAAAUUACAUUCAAUAAUAUGAAUAAAUAUUUGCAAAAUGUACAAUCAGCAUAUUUUUCGGAAAAGGGAAUUAACUCAAAUGUACCUUAAUCAUCAUGAUCAUGAUGAUGGUGGUGAUUCAUGAUUUUGAUGGUGAUGAUGAUAAAGACCAUGAUCCCCAGAAUCAGCACCACCACCACCAACACCAUCAUCAUCACUUUCAUCAAUAAUAAUAUGACGCUGUACGGUAGCUUAAGCGCAAAAGUAAAACAAAAAUACAACAUUUUAAUCGAAUACAGUGCAAAGAAAUUCAAUUUGUUACCAAUUAUAUAUUCAUGGUCUCCAAUUUAAGUAAUAUAUAUUAUUUCAAUAUGUCUAUAGCCUUAUACCAGGCCGUUUAUUACCACACCUUCAUUCACACCAGGAUGAUCUACUUUUAAUAAAAGAUGAAUAUUUGCUCUCUCAAUUGUUAUGGGAAGAGCGUCAUAUG